AUGGUUGAUGAUACAAUUACCUUAAAUCUUGAGCUGACAAAUAGGAACCAUGCUUUUUUCUUCAGAUGGGUACUUUUUGGGAAAUCUGACCUGAUUUUUUCUUUUCUCCCCUCAUCUCCUGUAAGUGUGCAACCUCACAGGCCCACCACAAAUCCAAACACUUCCAAAUUUGCUCAGAAAUUUGGAGGAGCUGAGAAAUGUUCCAGAUGUGGAGAUUCGGUGUAUGCAGCAGAGAAAGUCAUAGGAGCAGGGAAGCCCUGGCACAAAAAUUGUUUCCGAUGUGCCAAGUGUGGAAAGAGCCUCGAGUCGACGACUCUGACAGAGAAAGAAGGGGAAAUCUAUUGCAAAGGUUGCUACGCAAAGAACUUUGGACCAAAGGGUUUUGGUUACGGCCAGGGAGCAGGGGCCCUCGUCCAUGCACAGUAAAGGAGAGGACAUCUGAGACAGCGAGAACCACAGCGCCACGCACUGAGACUCUGUAUCAAGGCACAGAGAAUCUCUUACUACUAAACUACUGUGAAAACUAUCCCAACUAUACCAACAAUACCAGCAUUUGUGUACUGUUUGUUACUAUGUAUUUGGAGACACUAAUUUGUAGGAGGAAAGCAUUUCAUUGACUCUUUUUGCUUUAGAACAUACUUACUCUGAUUUUAUAUAGCAAUUGGCUAGCUUUUGUUUUUAAAACAACUUUUGUUCUUUCAAUAAAGUUUCGCAUGGCUUCUGA